AUGGCAACUGCAGCAGCCAUGAGGAAAGUGUUGUCCAUGAAGCUGCAGCAGAAGCGAAACAGCCCUCUCUUUAGUGAUCAUGGAACCCCUUGCUCAGACAGUGAUGACGGUGCAGUUGUGCCUGAGAAGGUUUACCAGGAACUUGUUGCCAAGUAUCGCCGAGCGAAGGAGAGCAUUAAGGAGCUAAAUACGAAAAUUGACAAUCUGAAAACAGCUGGGCCAAGUCAGUUUGAGGAUAUUAUUUCAAGGCUGGAACAGAUCGAGAAGAAACUCGAUAAAAGUACCAGUGUGCUCUCGGCAAAGCAGUGUACAGAACCCAUCCCAAAAAAGGCGCGCUUGACGACCAACGGCGAAACGGUGUGUAUCAACAACGUAGCGACGAUAGCCCUCACUCAGUGGUUGACAUGCCAGCGACAGAAGAAAGAAUCCUUGUUCGUACGUAACCUCACAGUUGCUAUGUGGGGUAAAGAGUCUCUUCAGCAACGAUCAACGCAAGGCAAGCCAGCAAAUCGUGGCCCUGCGGCCGGCACGCAAAAACCACAGCUAACGCCUGAGAAGGUUGCUGCAUUGGAAGAUUGCAAUGAAGACUGGCUCAGGCAACAUGGAGCAAGUGGGGACAUCUUGGUCGAACGAAUGGAACACAUGAAUAGCCACGUCAUCAGCACGAUCAGAGAUUGCAAUCGAGUAAAGAAGAACCUUUUUGAUGAGUAAGACGGAGACAGGCAGCUAACACCUGCCUUCCUCUCUUCGCAAUGCCCCUGUCUGCAGUUGCCUCGAGGGAACAAGUGAAGACCACCUUGACCACUUAAUGUAUCUUUUUG